AUACAUUUUUUUUGGACAUUCUCGAAUGAAAUGGACACACACACAUAUUAGUGAAAUAUCAUCAUCAUCAUUCGAUCCAUCGAACCAAACAAACAAACAAACAAAUGAAAAACUAAUCGAUCUUCGAUCUUCGAUCUUCAAUUUUUUGUUCAAAUAAUAUUCUUUUGUUUUUUCUUUUCACUCAUAAUAUGAUAAUGAUGAUGAUGUAAAUAAAUACAUGAAAUGUUUUUAUUGAUUCAACGAUGCAACAAUCUCAGACUCAACAACAACAACAACAACAACAACAAAUUGUGCCAGAUACUUUUUUACCAUUAAAGAAUCAACGUUUGAUUAAUGAAGAAAAUUCACCAGUUGAUUUAAGUAAAUUAAAUAUUGAACAACAACAACAACAACAACAGCGACAACAAAAUUCAAUCAUUUUUCCAUCAUCAUCAUCAUCAUCAACGACGAAUGCCAAAUUAAAUUCAAUAGUCGGUAUGGAUUUAACUGUUGCCCAUAAUAAUAAUAAUGGCCAAAGCCAAUCAUCAACAUCGACGACUAUAUCGACAACAUCGACUACAUUAGAAUCACAUUCAAAACAUAUAAAAAAAGUUUUAAAACAUUAUCAAGCAGCAGCUACAUUAUCAUUAAAUGGUCCUGAUUGGUUUUUACCAAUUGUAUCGGCGACAACAACAACAACAAAUGCUUCAACCAUCAAUGGCAAUAAUAAUUCAAUGAUAGUAUCAUCGGCUGCUGCUGCUGCUGCUGCAUCUCAAUCUUUAACCGAUAAUGAUGUUUUGGAGCUUACCAAAACUAAAUCCAAUACUGUUGUUGAUAAUAAUAAAAUUGCCGGCAUUUUUAAUACAACAACUCUUGAUUUACGCACAACAACAGCGGCAGCAUCAACAUUAAAUUCAUCAUCAACAGCAACCAUAACUAAUAAUAACAAACAAACAUUAUCACCAUAUUUGUCUGCGGCUGCUGCUGCUGUUGGUGGUGGUGGUGGUGGACAUUCAUCUUUAUCAACAAAUCAAGGGUUAACAUCAUUAAAAGAUAUAUUUGAUCCAUUAUUUGCACCACCACCAUUUCCAAUACAACAACCACCAUUAUUAACACCACCGGAUCAAGGUCCAAAUCGUAUUGAACGUACAGAAACCAAAUUAGAAGGUGAAUUAAUUGCCUGUUUUAUGGUUGGUGGUGAACUUCGGUUAUGUGUACCACAAAUAUUCAAUAUUGUACUUAGAGAUUUUACAUUACAACAAAUAAAUCAAGUUAUUGAAGAAUUACAGAUUAAUUGCUCAACAUGUACACGUGAUCAAAUGGAAGUUUUAAAAUUGAAUGGUGAUAUACCACCAAUGGCACCAAGUUGUGGUUUGAUAACCAAAACUGAUGCACAUAGACUUUGUUCAACAUUAUUAGGUUCAUCAACUGGUGGUAGUUGUGUUGGUGUUGGUGUUGGAAAUAUUACGGAAACAACUUUUAUUAAUGAACCAUAUAUAUUAGUUUAUCAUGAAUGUUUUGGCCGUUGUAUUGGUCGUUAUUUACCAACAUUAUAUACAAAUGAUUUAGCACAAUGUAUACAAUGUAAUGAAUGUAUGUCAUUAUUUACAACAUUUUCAUUUGUUUGUCAUUCACAUAAACAACAACAACAACAACAACAAUAUGGUAAUGAAAAUCGUACAGUACAUUGGGGUUUUGAUCCAUUAAAUUGGCGUUCAUAUUUAUUACCAAUUGAAGAUUUAGCUAGUUUAGAUGAUGAUUUAUCAUCAUCAUCAUCAUCAUUAUUAAUGAUUAUUUCAUCAAAUAAUUUACAAUCGUUAUUAAUUGAUCAAAAAAAUCUAAGUCAUUUGUUAUUAUUAAUACAAAAUAGUAAAUUAUCUGCAUCAUCCGCAUCAUCUUCAUCUGCAUCAUCAACAUUAUUGAUUCCACCAUGUUGUACAGGUGGAAGAAAAGCAUUUAAAUCAUCAUCAAUAACCGAUACAGCCUUAUAUCAAUCAAUUGAUAAUAUUCGUUUAAUUAUGAAAGAUAUGAAAUGUCGUUUUGCAAAACAAACGACAACAUCAACAACGACAUUAGCAUCUUCUUCUUCUUCAUCGAAAUUGAAUUCAUCAUCUCGAUUAUUGACAGGCAAUUUUAAACGUAAAGAUAUGACAUUUGACACAUCGAUUCUAUCAACAAAACCAUCAUCGUUGUUAAUGUCAUUGGAAUCACAAUUGAAUCAAACAUUAUCAUCGAAUAAACGAAUCAAAACUGAACCAUUAGAUUUACAUCAUCAACAACAUUAUUCGAAUAUUGGUGGUAGUAAUGGUGGUGAUAAUCUAUCAACAACAAUGUCACCAUUUGUUUAUCCAUUUUUACAAUCUUAUUUAACAUCAGGUAUGAUGAUGACACCGUCAUCGUUGUCCAAUGAUGAUUUAAAACAACAACAAACGAAAAGCCAAAAAGAUUUUUUCUUAACGCAACAACAAAAGCCAUCAACGACAAAUACAAAUUAUCUUUCAACAUUAUUAAAUGGUGCUGCUUUAGCAGCAGCAACAGCCACAUCAUCAGUAAAUUCAUUAACAUCAUCAUCAUUAAUAAAUAAUAAUAAUACAAAUUCAUCGAAUGCGUUUAUAACAAAUAUUUUACAAAAUAAUAAUAAUAAAUCUUUGGAUUCAUCUACAUCGACGACAAAUAAAUUACAAUCAAAAUCAUUAUUUCAAGCAAAUAAUUAUGGUCAAUUAGCUUCUACGGUUAAUAAUACUGAUCGAUUAUAUAAUUUAUCGAAUGUUGAUCUUAUUAAUCAAUCUUGUAUGCAAUUUUCACAUCAACCAUCAACUGCAGGUGGAAAUAGUAAUGGUCAACAACAACAAAAUCAUUGUCAUCCGAUUGAUCGUUUGAUAAGUGAUUCUUUGUUGAAUAAUCAAUCGAAAAAAGAAUUAAAAAGUGAAACGCAAACUAAACAUUCAUCGAAUGAAAUAUCAUUGGCUAAAACAUUGAUUGGUGGUAAUGGUCGAACUUUGUUGUUUCCAUCAAAAAAUCAUUCGAAUUCAUCAUCUAGUCUUUAUGAAUCAUCCGCAUCACCAUCGAUAAAAUUAACUAAUCAAAAGAAUGAUGAUAAUAAUACUAUUCAGCAAUCUCAAAGUGAUUUAUUGUGGCCAUUUGCUAGCACAGCAUCAGCAGCAGCUCAUCAAAGUAUCUUAUCAUCGGCUAAACAUUUAAAAGAAAAUCAAAAUUCUACAAAUAAAAAUUUAGCUUCUUUAAUUUCACCGACAACAUUGAUGGAAGGUAAUCUUUAUAAUACUAUACAUAUGUUACAAAAAAUGCGACAUUUAUGUUUUGAAUUGGGUAUGACGCCCAAUUCAUUCGAACGAUCAUCAUCAACAUCGACAACAACAAAUCGAAAUUUUUCAUCCAAAGAAAAUGCACAGCAUGAAGUGGAAACACGAAUACAAAUGUUGGGCCAAUUAAUCAAAGAUUCAUCAUUUGAAGCAUUAAAAAGAAAUCUAUCAAUGAUUGAAUAUUUAAUCGAUGAUAUACUUGUACAUUUUAUUAAUAAUAAUCAUCAAUUACCAUCAUCUGGAUCGAUGAUUAUGGAACGUUUUAAAAAACGAAUGUUUACCAACAUAUUGGAUAUGUUGGAAGAUAUUUUUGCUGAACAAUUAUCCAGUACGAAUCCGAUUGCUGAGCAACAAUUAUCGAAUCUUAAAGUAGAAGAUGAUGAUGAUGAUGAUGAUGUGAUGGUUGGUGAUCAAAAAAAAUCGAUGAGCUCAUCAAAAGAUAAUGAACAUUUGAUAGCUCAAGACAAGAUAAAAAAAGAACAACAACAACAAUCAUUUGAUUUGGAUUCUGAUUCAAAAACAACCAAUUCAAACAAUGCGAUACAAGAACCGUCCGAAUCUGUUCAUUCAUCAUAUUCAUCAUCAAUACAGAUCAUUGAAGAAGAUGAAACACAAUCACCUAAAGGACAAAAAAAUGAUACUGAUGAAAAUAUUGUUGAUCAUAGUGAUGUUGUUGAUAAUCAUUUAGCAAAAGAUAAUAAUUCAUCGAUACCAAUAACAGAAUCAAAUCUAAUCGAUUCUUUAGUUGCUCAUCAUUUAUUGACCAAUGGUUUUCAUCAUAAUAAUCAUCAUCCAAAUCGAUCAACAAUCGAAGCUAUUAAUGAACAAUUAUCACAUGCGAUCUCAACUUUAGCUGCUGCAGCAGCUUCAGUUUCAUCAUCAUCAUCAUCAUCAUCUCCUUCUCUUCGUUCAUCACCAUUAUCAUCUAAUACAAUAGUGCCAUCUUUAUUAUCAUCGACUAAUAAAUCAUUUCAUCAUCAUCAUCAUAAUCGAAUGGCAAACCAAUUUCAUCGAAAUUUAUCGACGAAUAAUGUGAUUGUUGAUGAUGAUGAUGAUGAUGAUGAUACAGGUACCAGCUCCAAAGCAACAACAUCGACGACAUCUACCACCACUACUAACCUGACUCAACAACCUUCAUUACUUUUGGCCACUGGAUCUCCAAAUUGAAAUUUCUCAUUAAUCUCAUUUUGAGAAUUUCUUUCUUUUUUUUGGCAAUCUUUCUCAAUAAAUCUCUAUAUAUAAUCCAGCCGGAUUCUAUUUUAUUUUCUUGUUUCGUUUGAAAAUUCCCAAAAAAAAAUGAAUCCCGGUUGUGAUAUAAAAAAAAACAUUGAUUCAAGAUACACAAACAAAACAAAACAAAA